GGACCAAUCACAAAACACAAAUAAUUCUCCUUAGCCAAUAAUAAUCUACAUUUAGAUUUGCCUAUAUCUCAAAUUCCUUCCUUAUACUCACCACAAUUUACAACAUUUUUUUGAACAUUCUCAUUCAUUUUCUAAUUUUUCUCAACUCAACAUUUGUUAGAUUACACAUAAAAAAAAAAAAAAAAAAAAAAAGAGAGGAAGAAGAGAUGGCUUGUAAUACAUUGAUGAGUUGUGGAAUUGCAGCUGUUUGUCCCUCUUUCCUCUCUUCUUCUAAGUCUAAAUUCGCCGCCGCGAUGCCGGUUUCAGCCGGAGCUAACAACGCCAUGUCUAGGUUUACUAUGUCCGCUGAUUGGAUGCCCGGGCAGCCCCGUCCAUCUUACCUAGAUGGCUCAGCCCCCGGAGAUUUUGGAUUUGAUCCACUUGGUUUUGGAGAAGUGCCAGAAAAUUUGGAAAGAUACAAAGAAUCUGAACUUAUUCAUUGCAGAUGGGCUAUGCUUGCUGUUCCGGGAAUCCUAGUACCAGAGGCAUUGGGCCUAGGGAAUUGGGUCAAGGCCCAAGAAUGGGCUGCCAUUCCAGGAGGACAGGCCACAUAUUUGGGCCAGCCAGUUCCAUGGGGAACACUUCCAACAAUUUUGGUUAUUGAAUUUCUAGCCAUAGCCUUUGUUGAACAUCAAAGGAGCAUGGAAAAGGACACUGAGAAAAAGAAGUACCCUGGUGGAGCUUUUGACCCAUUGGGUUACUCUAAAGACCCAAAGAAAUUUGAAGAAUACAAAGUCAAAGAAAUCAAAAAUGGUCGUCUUGCAUUGUUGGCAUUUGUGGGAUUUUGUGUACAACAAUCAGCAUAUCCAGGAACAGGACCAUUGGAGAACUUGGCAACUCACUUGGCUGAUCCAUGGCACAACAACAUUGGGGAUGUUAUUAUCCCUAAAGGAAUUUUCCCUAAUUAAUUCAAUUGUACUAAUUAAUCAUAUAUAUUAGCCAAAACAACUUGUAAAACUCUCCCAUAUUAAUUGUACUUAUCAUACAUUUGUAAUGAAAUGGACAUUUUGGGUA